CGCGGGGCGGGGUUAGAGGGGGAAGUCCCGCCUUAGCCUCUCGGGCUGCGGGCGGUGUAGCCUCUCUGCUAGAGAGACAGGAUCCCAGGGCAGUGAGGCCCGCUCGGUGAGGCUGAGCUUCACACCCUGCCAGCCGAGUUUCCUGCUUAAGUGGCACGCGGUUCUGGAAGUGUACUCUCAAGGUGUAGUUGCAGUGUCUUUCAGACUCCAGUUUGUUCCUCCAGCUAAUGCAGAUGCUUAAGGUCCAGCUGAUUUCUCUUCAUCUCUGCAAAGUUCCUGCACCAUGGCAGACCAACAGUUCCCUCAAUGGAUGGUUAAAGAUCAUUGCCGGAAAAUGCAUAAACCUCCAAUGAACAUUGAAGAAUUCUUAAAGUUUCAAAAUUGGGAUUAUUGGCCAAGGGAAAUCUAUUUUGGAGACAAUGAUAAAUGGUUACACACUGUAAAGAAAAUGAAAGAAGAUAGUUCAUUUACGUCAAUUUAUACACAUCUGUGGGGAACUGUCCCUCGAAUACAUGAUGCAAUCAUUACCAUGGAGUCAAGAUUAGGGGAAUGUUCAAUUCUUUUGAAAAACCAUGCCUCUAAAAUACUUGAUUGGAACAGCAUAAUUUCUGAGACAAGUUCUAAAAGAAAAUUGGAAAGAUACAAGGCAUUUCUAAGGAAGCACCAUAAGAGAAAGAAGAUAAUGCUUUCAGAUGAAAUGGAGACGAAGAAGACUGUAGAGGGUUGCAGCUUCUCAGGAUUCAAAACAAAUGAGCUUACUCAACUACCCAGACAUUUGGAUGCUGAACAAAUUUAUCUUUUUAUAUUAAAAACCCAGAAGUUUGAUGAAAAAGUUUUUAAAAUCUGGAAGACCCAUUUUCUCUCAGAAGCUUCUAUUGCUCUUUUACAUGAUUCAUUUUGGUGGUGGUUUCUGCAUAAAUUUAAGCCUGACAGAGAAAAUCAAGAUUCCUUGUUUGAUAGAAUUUCAGAAAGUUAUGUGGUGCUUUUCAUGAGCAUCCCUGCAAGUCGAAAGGAUACAUUCCUUCAGGUGUAUCCUGAUUGUUUGGCACAAGCUAUCUAUGCAACAUUCCAGGAAGCAUUUCCAGAAUCCAGUAAUAUUUUUAAUGAUGAAUUUAAAGAAGAUCUAGGAAAUAAUAUUUUUCUUUGGCUGUCAGGUUUAAAACCUCCAAAAGGCUUUUGGACCCACUGGAAACUCAAAGAACUCUCCACAACAACCAUACAUGGUACUAAGAAAGCACCUUCAAAAUCUUUAAAGGACAGAAUUGAAAGGAGUCAAGAACGCAUAACGACUGCCAUAGACUUCAAUAUGAUGAAAAUUUUAAAGAACCCAAGAGCAUACACAAUGCCCACAUUCAAGGAAGAAUCAAGUGUAUCAAGACUAACAACAAAGAUGACACUGUUAAAAGAUGGAAAGCAAACUGCAGAUCCAUCUCUGGUAAUACACCCCAUUGCUGCAUCAUUGGCCCUGUCCUCUGCAGACUAUUUUAUCAACAACUUGGAUAAAAACAUGGUUGCCAUUUUUAUUAGAUAUUUUGAAGUCAUAAACCUUGGAAGAACGAUGAAUACAUUGGAUGACUAAAAGUUUACAACAGUUGAGUAGUAGGCCUAAUCUUAGAAGAUAAAUUUUUAUUAUGAAAAAAGUAUAAAGGUCCAAAAUUACAGCUGCAUAAGUAUAGGAUAAUAAAGCCUUGGGUUAGAGGCAUCUGAAAAGAUUUGGAAAUUAUUUUUUACAGUAAUCUCUGUAUGUAUCAACACACUGUUGACUCCCAAAUCUUACUGCAUUCUUGAACUUUUUAAACAGACAUAUGGGAUCUACUCUAUGUUGAUUACACAAUUAUUGUGUAUUAUGUUCAUUUGGGAGUCCUGCAUUAUAAAAGGGUGUAGACAAACAAAAGAGUUCUGAAUAGAAAAUAAUCAGGAUAAUUAAGGGCUAUAAUUAUAUAAUUAAUGGUAUAUUUGAGCAAUGACCAAAAUAUUUAAAGGCAUUUCCAUUAGAAAAGAAAAGACUCUGGUGGUUGUAAUAACUGUUUUCAAAUAUGUAGACAGCUACUGUAGGAAAGCAGGAUUAGGCUUUUUCUGUGUGGCUCAAAAUAAUUGUUUUACCAAUACAAACCACAAAGUUCUUACAUUUACUGGUAAGUGAAAGCUAUAGGGAGACAGUUUUCAGUGCAACAUAAAGAAUUUUCUAAGCACCAGGGUUGUCCAGAUGCCGAGUGGGUGCCUGUGGCUUCCGAAUGCCCAUAUGAGCAUCGGCAGAAUGCACAUUCAAACCUCAAAAGUCAAAGUUUACCUUUCUAGUCAUUGACAGCAAUUAUCCUUUAAUAACUUAAAACAAUGAAGCACCAAAAUCCUCCUUCUAGCUCAUCUCCUGUGACUCUUUCAAAGUUUAUGGGAUUGCUUGGUUCUAAGAUUUAGUACUAAGUUGACUCUUGACUAUAUAGGUCUUGUUUUAUGGGACCUUAAAGUUUUCUGAUAAUUUUCUACCAUUAUCUUUUGUGGGGCAGAUGGAAGUAGUGAGGCUCCUGCUAAUUGUUUUGGCUAUUUGGAAUAUCUCUAGGAGUUCUUUGCACCACUUCAAACCUUCUGCUUUAGAGUAUCU